AUGCCAUUAACUACGCCAGCACCAUAUUUUCCAAAAGAAUGUGGUAAACAAUUAUACACACCAUUGGGACAACGUAUUAUUGGUGGUUCUGUUGUACAACCACAUUCGUGGCCGUGGUAUGUUUUGGUACAUGGAAUUGAUCAUAUGUGUGGUGGAACUCUGAUUGAUGAACGGCAUGUUCCUACGGCAGCACAUUGUAUUAAGCAAAAACAAGUCUAUACAGUUACUGUCGGUCUACAUAGUAUAGUUGGGGCGCAUUUUAUGGAACAGAAAAUAAGUACAGAAAAGAUCUAUGUACAUGAAGAGUAUGAUAGUGUGAAACUAUCAAAUGAUAUAGCUAUCAUUUAUUUAUCAAAAUCUGUUGAAGUUACAGAUAAAAUAAACUUUAUUUGUCUUCCAGGUUCAGAAGCAAGCAUUGGUGAAAAAUUUUAUACCGCGGAAGUUGGACAAUGUAAUGGUGGUUCUGGUGGUCCCUUGAUGUAUCAGGACAAUGAACGAUGGUAA